AUGACUGUGUCUCACGAAGUGGUCGAGUAUCACGCUUCCCCCGCGCGACUCCCUCUGUACGUGGCCGUGCCUCCCCUUGGGCCCGAUGGACGUCCGAUCAUCCAACGAGUCCUGAUCGCCAAUCGGGGUGAGAUCGCAGUUCGCAUUAUCCAAACGUGUCGGAAGUUGAACAUAGCGACCGUCGCAGUCUAUGUGACCGAAGAUGCCACAUCGCGCCACGUCCACGAGGCCGAUGAAGCCAUUUGUCUGGGCCACUUGGGUAGCAAUGCGCGAAAUCCAUUCCUCGACAUCGACCUCCUCAUCCAAACCGCUCUCCAGACUCAGGCACAGGCCAUUCAUCCGGGAUAUGGCUAUCUGAGUGAGAACGCCGACUUUGCGACCCGCGUGCGUCAGGCGGGUCUGAUUUUCAUCGGACCCAGCGCCAGUGCCAUGUCCUCGUUGGGCGACAAAAGGUCUGCCAAGGCGUACCUGCAAAAGCAUGCGCCCGAAGUCCCCCUCAUUCCCGGGUUCACGGGGUCCAGCCAGGUGGCAGAUGAGCUGGCUGCUGCGGCCGCCGAGAUCGGGUUCCCGGUGAUCUUGAAGGCGUCUGCGGGCGGAGGCGGGAAAGGAAUGCGGAUCGUGCGGGAGGUAGGGCAGCUGAAGAAUGAACUGGAGCGCGCGCAGUCGGAGGCACGACGUGCGUUCGGAUCCAGUGACUGUAUCCUGGAGAAGUACAUCGAGUCUGCGAAGCACGUCGAGAUCCAGAUUGUUGGCGAUAGUCAUGGCGAGGUGGUGUCAUUCCUAGAUCGGGAUUGCUCCGUGCAGCGACGGCAUCAGAAGGUCAUUGAGGAGACGCCUUGUCCGUUUCUCACCGAGCAGAUGCGUCGGGAUAUGAGUGCCACGGCGGUGCGCAUUGCGAAGCUGAUCGGCUAUGAGAAUGCAGGUACGGUAGAGUUUGUGGUGGACGUGCAGACCCGGAAGUUCUAUUUCCUGGAGGUCAAUGCCCGGCUGCAGGUCGAGCAUCCCAUUACCGAAGAGCUGACUGGGUUCGACCUGGUUUCGCUGCAGUUGCUCGUGGCAGCUGGUGGGAGUCUGAAGAGCAUACCUGCGUUCACCCCGCAAGGACAUGCGAUCGAGUGCCGCCUCUGCGCUGAAGAUCCAAAUAACCACUUCUUCCCAGAGCAUGGGAAAAUCCAUCUCUGGCGUCCUGCAGACGGAACCCUAGGACCAGGUCGGGAUGUCCGCUACGAGACAGCCAUUCAGACCGGAUCCGACGUGUCCAUCUACUUCGACUCCAUGAUUGCGAAACUUGUCGUCUGGGCUCCCACUCGAGCCCUGGCGAUCGAGAAGAUGAGCCAGGUCAUGGCACACACGGCCUGCGUCGGCGUCAAAACCAACCAACUCUUCCUGCAACGCUGCCUGCUGAGCCCGGAAUUUCGAAAGCCAACAUAUACCACCUCGUUCAUCCCGUCCAAUCUUGAGCAGUUGCUACAAUUCCCCAAAGUGCCCUUUCAAGAUUGCCUGCCUAUCAUCCCGGCCUUGGCCAUCCGCAACCUGUCCGAAGCCACGGCCACCCGCCGACGGCCCUUUCAGCGAAUCCGAAAGCAAUUCCGCAAUCAGCAUUGCGAUCCGGUAAACAUCCAUAGCGACGUGGUCAUCACAAUCACUGGUCCCGGAACUGGGACAUUGACAAUGUGUAUCUGGGACCCCCCAGCAGCCGGACAGUCAGCACACAUCCAGCGCGUGCGACUCAUGCCCGUCCCGGCAGACCCGCAGACGCCGCAGGAGAAAGCCAGGAGUAGCACCGCCACGUCUCGAUACAACGCCAUCAGCAGUCUUCUUCGCAGCGGAGCCACGAAAACGCUAACGCCACGAAGUCUUCAGAUCGAGUCGUGUCGGCCAACAGCCACAACCACGGACUCAACACUCCCUCCGACUACAUUCACCAUGGAGGUAUCCAUCGACGGACGCAGAAUGCUCAGCCAUGUUGCCAUUCCCUCGGCCGGUGCAGUCCCAGGACUCGUAGACCGCUCUCAGCGAAUAUACUGUCAUUUCCCUGCGUUGGGGACAUACGUGGAGUUUCAGCGGCACAGCCUGCUGUCCUUUGCAGAGAGUCUUCGGAAGGAUGCCACGGCGGAAGAGGCGGAGAAACGCACAGUGACUGCGCCGAUGCCCUGUAAAAUUCUCUCCAUUGAGAAGAAGAGUGGGGAUCUGGUCAAGGCUGGGCAGGCGGUCAUGGUCGUCGAGAGUAUGAAGAUGGAGUUGAGUAUUGCGGUCUCGGCGGAUGGGAGGUUUGAGACGGAAUGGAAGAAGGGCGACGCGGUGGAGGAGGGGAAGGUUCUUUGUACGGUGGUAUAG